AUCUCAAGACUCUAGCUGGUUUGCAGUGCAGGCUUUCUCUCAGGCACACCUCCUUCCUGUUAUUAUGGUGUGGACAGUCAGAAAGCCUGUUCUGCUGUUGUGUGGAUGGGACUUGUAUGUCAAAUCUGGGCCAAUGAUUAAAUGAGGCUGAAAUUGUGUGCUAUUGAAGGUUUUUGUGUUCCUGUUUCUGACAGAGUCAGUUUUUUAAAUCCAAAUUAAUCAUAGCAGCAUGUCACAAUGUUGGGGUGGGGGGAGGGGAGAAAACCUUUUGAAUAUUGACCAGAUGGGAAAAGGCAAGACAAACUGGUCCAUCAGUCAGUCAGGAGCUAAUGUGAGAGAAAAAACACACUGAAGUUAGAAUCACCAGCUGGAUCAUGUAAAUAUAGAAAGAGAUCUAUGUAUUGUGUUGCAGCAAUAGCUACUGAAGUUAGCAUACUGACCAGCUAGCCCAGGAUCUUCAUGUCUCGUAAUACUGCUUUGUGCCUCUAGAGGCAAUAGUUUUAUAGUCCCCUGUAGUUUCAGCUGGGGGAUGUAUGAGAUCUCUUUUAGUAUUUAGUCUAAUAAGUAAACAAAACAAACUCAUAAAAUGUCAAGAAAGGAAAUAUUCUUACACAUAUUUUCCUUACUAAACAGGAGAAUACAGUGGCAGACCUCCUGAAUUCGAGUUUCUCCCUUUCACCUAACAAAGGCGGGUGUAAUUUCCUCGUUAACUUAUCAUGAAACACACUUGAUUCAACUCUGACACGAACAAACUACAGCUCACCAAUACCAUCUUGGUUUGUCUUGCCACAAUCACCUCUGGUUUGGUCAAAAUAAAUCUGCUAAACCUGCUGCUGAAGCACGAUUUUCCCUUCUCUCUUGUUGCUUUACCUCUCUGCAGCCCUCUGCCUCAUCCCAAGCUUUGAUAAUGUUUCUGCUUCUCCUUCACUUCGCUUUGUUUGUAACAGUUUGGGGAUUUUACGUUACCUCAUUUUGCACAGAUGGGAAGUGUCGCAGUUCCAUUUCACUGCUGUUGUACCAGUACAAUCAUGUAGGUGAAAAAUAAAUCUUGACUUGCUUGUUAUGCUCUGAUGAAAUGAAAGCAUAAGUUUGAACCCUGGAAUGAAACAAUGAAUCUGUGUUCUACAGUUCACAAAUGUAACGCAUUGUCUGAUUGGAACUGGAAGAUAGUAAAUUCAUCUAAUUUAGCUGUGAUUUGUAUACAAGGCAGCAGGUGUUGGUCUCUGUUAUUCCAAGAACGUUGGAGUUCUCCAUCAUGAUGUUCUUGUGUUAACGUUUGGUGUCCUGAUCAACAUCAGAUCAGUCAUCAGAUAACUGUAUUGUGUUAACAUUGGGAUAAUAGUGUGUGAUAUGUGUGUGUGUAUAGUGACUCUGAAUCAGAUGGAAAGAGUAUGAAUCUGUGCUACAUUCAGGUGUUAUAUUUGGAAGGAAAUUUUGGGUUUGGUGAUCGAGGGAGUCCAAAGGUAGACAGCAUGUCUCCUUUUGGUUCCCUUGACUUCUGUAGUCAGUUUGGGGAGUGCUGGUCGCGGUUCUGAGUUGUGGGUGUGAGACCUUCGGACUUUGAGUGCUGACCUGUGGUGGCUGUUUCAUCAGGACUCCAACAACACAGCAGUGAGAAACCCGGGGCUGCUGCCCAAAGACUUGAAAGGUUAAGGAAAGAACGGCAGAACCAAAUCAAGUGUAAAAACAUUCAGUGGAAAGAGAGGUCAUCCUCCCAAUCAGCGGAGGAUCUGGGAUCCCUGUUUGAAAAACGGGACUUUAAAGACAGACCACGGACAACAGGCACCAAAUCUACACUUUCAUUGCGGCUGGAGCAGUGUCCCCAGCAGCUCAACAACCCCUUCAAUGAAUAUUCCAAAUUUGAUGGCAAGGGCCACAUUGGCACAACAGCGACAAAAAAGAUAGACGUCUACCUCUCAAUGCAGAUGGCUCAGGAGAAGGUACAUCCAAUGACAGUGGUAACCAUCGCCAACGCCCGGGUCCACGACCUUAUCGGGCUCAUCUGUUGGCAGUACACAAGUGAGGGACGAGAACCCAAACUUAAUGAGAAUGUGAAUGCCUACUGCCUCCACAUUGCUGAGGAUGAUGGCGAGGUGGACACCGACUUCCCACCACUGGACUCCAAUGAGCCAAUCCAUAAGUUUGGUUUCAGCACUCUGGCCUUGGUGGAGAAAUACUCUUCACCUGGCCUCGCUGCCAGACAGUCGCUAUUUGUAAGAAUAAAUGCUGCUCAUGGUUUCUCUCUAAUCCCUGUGGACAGUCUGAAGGUAACCAUGAAGGAGAUUCUCCAAAAAGCACUCAAGAAGAGAAAAGGCUCACAGAAAGGCUCAGGGCCCAUGUAUCGUCUGGAGAAGCAGACAGAGCCUAAUGUUGCAGUAGACCUGGACUCCACCCUGGAGAGCCAAAGCACCCUGGAGUUUUGCCUGGUCAGAGAAAACAGCUCUAGGGGUGAAGAGAGCUCAGAGGAAGAUCCUCCUAUUGACAUCACCACAGUCCAAGACAUGUUGAGCAGUCACCAUUACAAGUCCUUCAAGAUCAGUAUGAUCCACAAGCUGCGCUUCACCACUGAUGUCCAGCUAGGUAUUUCGGGAGAGAAAGUGGAGAUUGAUCCUGUCACCAAUCAGAAGACCAGUACUAAGUUCUGGAUUCGACAGAAACCCAUCUCUAUUGACUCGGACCACCUCUGUGCCUGUGACCUUGUAGAAGAGAGAAGCCCCAGUCAUGCAAUAUUUAAGCUCACUUACCUCAGCAACCAUGACUACAAGCCUCUCUACUUUGAAUCUGAUGCUGCUACUGUCAAUGAAAUAGUGCUGAAGGUGAACUAUAUCCUAGAGUCCCGAGCCAGCACCUCUCGAGCUGAUUACUUUGCCCAGAAGCAGCGGAAACUGAGCCGCCGGACCAGUUUCAGUUUCCAGAAGGAGAAGAAGACUGGCCAGUAGACGGACUGAAGCUGCUCAACCACCUGUCUGUCUGUAUAUGCUAGACACAUGCAUAAACGAGGCCUGACGGUCUCAUGAGCAGACAGCAUCAGGCUAAACAGAAGUGGAGGCUUACAGGAAUGAUGAGCAGAAAAUGAAGCGUGACGACAUGUUGAAGUGGAGGACUCUGAAUCUCCGUGAGAGAAGAGAGUCCACGAGCCAAAACAAACUAGUUAUUUUUUUUCCUUAAACACAGUGGAAAAGAUUGUGGGGCUGAGAUUUGGUUGCCAAUUUGUCACUUCCUGUUCAUUUACAACCUCUGAGUUCAGGCCCAUACUUGAGGAUGGAUUUGUACAGCUUCAACAAGUUGGUCAUGUACACUCAACAAACAAAUCAAAGCUCUAAAUACUUGCUUCUUACAUCCAUCUUUAAGAGAUUUAACACAUGAGAAAAAGCUACUCAUUUUUAAUGUACUGUACAUAAACAUUUUACAUUCAGGAAAUGAAAUAAUGAUGAUACAUAUAAAUGAAACAACCCUGCCUGGAUCCACAUUCUGUCUUGAAUGCAGUUAGCAAUUCUUUAACAUUAUAAGUUCUCAUUUUCCAGUUUAAAAUGUACACCUAAUUAAAACUAAUGCAGCGAGGAUUCAUGAGGAUUGUAAUUGAUCAGUUUUGGUGGAAGCUGUUUUACAGUUGUUUAGUCAACGUUUUAUUAUUUUGACAAAUUGUAUUGCAUUAUAUUGGCAUUUCUUUUAUUUAGCUUACCUUCAUUGAUAUGAAUGGGGUGGUCAAAACAAUAAAAAUACCUCUCAGCAGCACCACAAACCCCAGCCUCCAAGAUGACAGUGCAAUUGAAUCAACAUCAUAACCUUCAUAAAGGUCAUAUUUAAUUCAAGGAUGUUAGCCUAUUACUUUUCGAUAGGUUUAGCUUAUAAACUGGGAACUGAGUUGAUUUAUGUUUAGAAGGGUGUGAUUAGGGCACAUUUUUAGGGUUUUAGAUAAAAUGAUGUUUCAUAUGGAAGCUUUUAAGUGACAGCAACAGCUAAAAGAAGUGGUGAAUUUUGGCUUGGUGGUUUAAUCAACACAGCACACAGGGAGGUUACUCAGAAGACAUUUGAAUGCCGUGGUUAUUUGCUGUCUGUAUCCUUUAUCCCUGUUUAUAGCCAACGGAAACCCUGACAGUAUAAAACACAUGCCUGUAUCAUCUGUGAGGCUCAGAUUUGUGCUUUACACCAUGCCACCGUGAAGUAUGACAGAUUUUGAAACCAAUUUGUAGUGGCAAAACCAUAUACUGACAACACCACCUGAUGCACAAUGGCCUAUAAAGACGUUUUCGUAUAAGUUUUCAUUGCGAAAGAUGUUGAUGUGUAACAGUGGAUACAUUUUUUGAGUCACAACCCCCUCAAGAUGAUUGAUUUCACUCAGGCUUUGAUCUGUUUGGGUGAUGUGAUUUGGAAAGUCCACAAAAGCAACAUGAUUAAAUUAUUUUAUCCACAUUCAAGAUAGAUGAGAGCUAACUGGAAGCUAGCUGCUCGGCCUGGAUAAGUCUCUAGUGCACACACACCAUGGGACCCCACAAUGUGGAAGCUAUCCGGAUGAUCAGGGUGAUCUAUCCAAGUCAGUCAAACUGAGCAACUUUCAUAAGAAGAAUGGACCCCAAAUCCAACGUUGUAUCCAGUUUCUUCUUAGUACAUCCAAGGUUCACACCUUGUCACAAUUUUGAGGCUAGAAAAUACACAUUUUGACCUUGUGGUGGACCUGGGGUUGGCCAAUCAAGUACUAUGGUUGAGUGUGAUAGGUGAAGACAGCUGUCACUCAACCCAGCACUCCCAAACACAAGCUUCUUAAAGCCUUAAUAGUACCCUGUAGUUCUUUCUUUAAACCUCUAGUGUCAUAUGAAGUGGUGUUAAGAUGAAGACAGGUAAUGUAAUACACAUUCCUGCUGACUGUUCAGGCUGUUCCACUGAUCAGCAUUUGGUGGUAGUAUCACGCAAAAACAUGGUAGUACUCCACCAAAGGCAGUGAAAGAAAUGGUCAGCCAUUCAGAAAUGUAAGUCAAGAGCACAAGUUUAGAAAUAAUCAAAAAAAAAAAAAAAUUGUGAAUGUUUUCUUACAUUGCCAUCCGCAACAAAAUUCUCUUAUCGAAAGAUCCGUUUUCCCACACCAGUUUUAUUCAAGUCCCACUUGCUUGUUUAAGUUGUAUCACAGAAUUGGCAGAAUAAAUAUGAACCUUUCUCAUGUC